AAAGCUAAGCCAAACAUGGCCUAAAUUUGAUCCGAUGCUUGCAACCGCCACCGUAAGCCACCGGUGGAUCACUCCAUUCUCCGGCAUCCGUACGGCUCCGCCAUUGACUUCUGCUAACCCCUCACUUUACCGACCACUUCGUCUACCUACCUCCUCACCGCAGAUCGAUUUCAAGGCUUAUUGCACCAACAAAUCACAGCUUCCUGAAGUCAUCAAUUCUACUUCAGUAACGAAAGAAGAGAUUAAUCAAAACGACGACGUCGGAUGGCUACCUGCAUUUCCUCAUAUACUAGUUGCUUCCAUGUCGAAUUUCCUUUUCGGUUUUCAUAUAGGUUUGAUGAAUGGUCCAAUAUUGUCUAUUGCCAAAGAGCUAGGGUUUGAAGGGAAUUCGAUUCUUGAAGGGUUUGUGGUGAGCAUAUUUAUUGCGGGUGCGUUUUUGGGAAGUGCAGGUGCAGGUUAUGUGGUUGAUAAACUUGGUUUUAGGAGAACACUUCAGGUCGACACAUUACCGCUGAUUCUUGGUGCCAUUUUAAGUGCACAAGCCAACUCUUUGGACCAGCUAUUGUGGGGACGGUUUUUCGUGGGUCUUGGUAUUGGAGCAAAUGCGGUUCUUGUCCCUAUUUAUAUAUCAGAGGUCGCACCAACAAAAUACCGGGGUUCAUUGGGGAGCGUGUGUCAAAUUGGCACAUGUACGGGAAUCAUAGCCUCACUCUGUUUAGGAGUUUUCUCAGAAAGUGAUCCUCAUUGGUGGAGAACAAUGCUUUAUAUUGCAAGUGUGCCUGGUUUUAUUAUAGCAUCCGGUAUGCAGUUUGCUGUAGACAGUCCCCGCUGGCUAUGCAAAGCUGGGAGGCUUAACGAUGCCAAACAAGUUAUCGCUAAUCUGUGGGGGCCGUCUGAAGUUGAGAAAAGUAUCGAAGAAUUUCAAUCUGUUCUUAAGAAUGACGGUGGUGACUUGGACAGCAGUUGGUCCGAACUUCUAGAAGAACCUCAUUCUAGAGUUGCUUUGAUUGGAGGUUCUCUAUUUGUACUGCAACAAUUUGCUGGCAUCAACGCGGUCCUUUAUUUUUCCUCGUUGACUUUCAAAGACGCUGGGAUUACAAACGGUGCAUUGGCAAGCUUAUAUGUCGGACUUACCAAUUUUGCAGGUGCACUUUGUGCUUUAUACUUGGUUGAUAGGGAAGGAAGGCUGAAGCUUAUAAUCGGAAGUUAUCUAGGAAUGGCAAUAGCGAUGUUUCUUGUUGUAUAUGCUAUCAGCUUUCCUAUAGAUGAAGAGCUUCGUAGCAACUUGUCUAUUCUCGGGACUAUCUUGUAUAUGCUGACUUUUGCAAUUGGAGCUGGUCCAGUCACCGGUGUCAUCAUACCUGAGCUUAGCAGCAGCAGAACACGCGGGAAGAUCAUGAGCUUCAGUUUUUCAGUUCACUGGGUGUGUAAUUUCUUGGUGGGGCUAUUCUUCCUUAAGCUGACUGAGAAAUUUGGUGUUGCACCGGUUUAUGGGAGCUUUGGUGCAGUUUCUAUAUUGGCCGCACUAUUCUCUUAUUCAUUCUUAGUUGAAACUAAAGGGCGGUCUCUUGAAGAAAUCGAGUUGUCGCUAAACUCUAAUUUCGCCAAACGUGAUUAGAGUAAGUUCUCUUAACUUAGGUCCAAGGAACCAAAUAGCACGUCUGUAUAGUUCAAUAUAUAAUAUUUAAGAUAGAUUUGCUUCCAUAUUCAUUGUGUAGAUGUACAUAUAAACAAUAAAGCCUGUUCUGUUGUGUAGAUGUACAUAUAAACAAUAAAGCCUGUUCUGUAGGUUUGACAAGGGCUUUUGUUUGUAAAUGUUGCAAUUUGAUCUCUUAUUUAUGUUGAGUUCAGACGCAUAUUGUACCGGGUUAUUUGUAUAUUUCAUGUUAAAUUUUAAUUA